UUGACUGGUAACCGAUGGUACUAAAUUGUCACUUCUAUAAAACCUGAUUGUGGUAAUGUAUCUGUUAUGAUAUUUCCAUCUCUUCUUCUUCUCCCCUUUUCCAAAUUUUGUAUCAGUGACCUGCUUAACAUAAAAAAGAAAACAGUUCAAUGGGGUUUCUGCUCCUCUUGUGUUUCUGUUUCAUCAUUUCUUUCUCAUCUGGAACGGAUACCAUAUCUGCAAACCAGCCUUUAUCUGGUGACCACACAAUAAUAUCCAAUGGUGAAACCUUUGAACUGGGUUUCUUCAAACCAGGUAACUCUUCUAAUUAUUACAUAGGCAUUUGGUAUAAAAAGGUAUCUAUCAAUCCCCGCACUAUAGUUUGGGUAGCAAACAGAGAAACACCCAUCUCUGAUAGAUAUAAUUCUGAGCUAAAAAUUGUAGAUGGUAACUUAGUGCUCUUAAACGAGUCCAAGAUCCAUAUUUGGUCCACCAAUGUCACCACCGCCAUCAAUAUGAAUUCUGCAACUGCUGUUAUCCGUAACGACGGUAACUUAGUUUUGACAGAUGGGUCAAGUUCCGUGGACCCCGUUUGGCAAAGUUUUGACCACCCAGUUGAUACAUGGUUGCCUGGUAGUAAACUUGCUUAUAAUAAUAUAACAAAGAAAAGUCAGAUUCUUACUUCGUGGAAAAGCGAAGCAAAUCCUGCUGUAGGGCUCUUCUCUAUGGAAGUUGUUCCAUCUAGUAAAGAGUAUAUAAGCAAGUGGAAUGGCUCCCAACAGUAUUGGACAAGCGGUGCUUGGAUUGGAGAAAGAUUUAGCCAAAUACCUGAAAUGAGGUUGAGUUUCCUUUAUAAUUACAGCUAUCAUGAGAAUGAGAACGAGAGUUACUUUAUUUAUUCUAUGUAUAAUUCUAGCAUCAUAUCCAGAUUUGUAAUGUCUGCUUCUGGUCAAGUUCAGAUGCUAGCAUGGAAUGAUGAUAUUAAACAGUGGUAUUUGUUUUGGAAUCAACCUAGAACGCAGUGUCAGGUUUAUGCUUUAUGUGGUGCUUUUGGUGUUUGCAAUGAGAACACAAUGCCAUUCUGUAAUUGCUUGACUGGCUUCACGCCUAGAUCAGAAAGUGAUUGGCAUCAGGGUGACUUUUCCGGUGGGUGUGUGAGAAAAUCAGAUCUGCAGUGUGGGAGAAACGAGGAAGUAUUCGAUUUUCUCAGGAUUAAAGUCAACAGCCCCCCUUCAAAUAGUUCGGUGGCAGUUGGGAGUGCUGGAGAAUGCCGUACCGCCUGUUUGAACAGUUGCUCCUGUAAUGGCUACUUUAUUGCUAAUAAUGAGUGCUCAAUAUGGGACGGAGAACUUAUGGAUCAUUCAGAAGACGAUAACAGGGAAAUAAUCUACAUCAAAGUUGCUUCUAAAGAUCUCUUAGAUCUUAAAAAGAAUAUCAGGUUGCCUGUGGGUGCUGUUGCUGGGUCCAUUGCAGGUGUGGCUUUUGUCUUGGCUCUAAUAUCGUUUGUGAUUAUUAGAAGGAGGAUACUGGCUGAAAAAACAACAAUGGAGGGAUCGUUGGUGGCGUUUGCAUACAGAGAUUUGAAAGUAGCUACAAAGAAUUUCUCUGAUAAACUGGGAGGAGGUGGCUUUGGAUCAGUUUUCAAGGGAAUACUGUGUGAUUCAUCCAUUGUGGCAGUGAAAAGGCUCGAAGGCAUCUGCCAAGGAGAGAAGCAAUUCAGGACUGAAGUCAGCACAAUUGGCACCGUCCAACACGUUGAUCUUGUACGUCUUCGUGGGUUUUGUGCACAAGGUAACAUUAAGCUACUGGUUUAUGAUUACAUGCCAAAUGGCUCUCUUGAUUCUCAUCUAUUCCAUGAUAAAGUAGUUUUAAGUUGGAAAACGAGGUAUCAGAUUGCCCUUGGAAUUGCAAGAGGGUUGGUGUAUCUGCAUGAGAAGUGUAGAGACUGUAUAAUUCACUGCGAUAUAAAGCCAGAAAACAUUCUUUUAGAUGCCGAUUUUAUUCCCAAAAUUGCAGAUUUUGGUCUGGCGAAGCUUGUGGGACGAGAUUUCAGCAGGGUCUUGACAAGUAUAAGAGGAACCCGAGGGUAUCUGGCACCCGAAUGGUUAUCAGGGGUGGCUGUCACAGCCAAAGCAGAUGUCUUUAGCUACGGAAUGAUGCUUUUUGAAUUCGUACAUGGUAAGAGAAAUGCAGAACAAUUUGACAAUGAUUCAAGUACGACAUUCUUCCCUAGUUUUGUUGCCAAAUUACUUACGGAGGGAGGUGAUAUCCUUAGCCUACUAGACAGUAGAUUAAACAGAGAAGCCAGUGUUGAGGAAGUCACAAAAAUAUGCAAAGUUGCGUGUUGGUGUAUCCAGGAUGAGGAAAGCUGCAGGCCUAACAUGGGUACGGUGGAACAGAUUCUCGAAGGGGUUUUGGAUGUGAGCAUACCUCCAAUCCCACAAUUAGUCGAGUUAUUUACAAACAACGCUGGACAUGUUGUUUUCUACACCGAGUCAUCAUCGAAUGGGAACGCACAGGCAGCGAGCAAUUCCUAGCAUGCAUCUUGUAUGUUCCUUGUUAUAAUCACGUCUUACAAUGCAUCAUUGACGGUUUAAAUCAGCGUACUUAACUUUUGUUUGCUAUUGAGAAAAUAUACUGUAGUAAAUCUUUUAUUUUAUUUUUGGCAUUUGUAAAAUGUUGUACUAAAAUUAUUUUUAUGUUGUUUUUUUAUAUUUAGUAUUGUAACCCUUUAUUCAAGGUGCA